GCUGCCCCCUUCUCGCCGCGCGGGGCUCGGGGCCGGGCCGGGGGGGGCGGGGCUACGGGUGCCGGCGCGGCCCAGCCCCCAGCGCUCCCCGCGGCGGGCGCUUCCCGGCGUGCCCCGCGGCAGAUUGUACACAAUCAUCAUGGCCGCCGCCGCGCCAGGUGCCGAGGGCCCGGCCAUGGAGGCGGAGGCCGGAGGCUGCGGGGGGGAGGGCGGCUCCCCGCAGGGCGAGGGGCGCCGGCUCCCCCCGGCCUCCGUCAGCAACGGCGGCGCGGCCGAGAGCGGCGAGGAGCUGGUGGAGCUGAAGGUGAUCUGGAACAAGAACAAAUACGACGUCAAGGUCCGGCUGGACGGCACCGGCGCCGACCUGAAGCAGGAGAUCCACUCGCUCACAGGCCUCCCGCCCGCCAUGCAGAAGGUGAUGUUCAAGGGGCUGCUGCCUGAGGAGAAGACGCUGCGGGAGAUCAAGGUGACGAACGGAGCCAAGAUCAUGGUGGUGGGCUCCACCAUCAACGACGUGCUGGCGGUCAACACGCCCAAGGAGGCCGCCCAGCAGGAGGUCAAGGCCGAGGAGAACAAGAAGGAGCCGCUCUGCAGGCAGAAGCAACACAGAAAAGUAUUGGAUAAAGGAAAACCCGAUGAUGUGAUGCCUUCUGUUAAAGGCGUUCAGGAGCGCCUGCCAACGGUGCCAUUAUCUGGCAUGUACAACAAAUCAGGGGGGAAAGUAAGAUUGACCUUCAAACUUGAGCAAGACCAGCUAUGGAUUGGUACAAAAGAGAGAACAGAAAAGUUACCCAUGGGGUCCAUUAAAAAUGUGGUGAGUGAACCUAUUGAAGGACACGAAGAUUAUCACAUGAUGGCAUUUCAGCUGGGCCCAACAGAAGCAUCUUACUACUGGGUCUAUUGGGUACCAACUCAAUAUGUUGAUGCAAUCAAAGACACGGUGCUGGGAAAGUGGCAGUAUUUUUGAAAGCACGCUCACCUCUGGCACAGGAAAAUGACACAAAGCUAAGGACACUGCUGGGAGAGGCCUCCAACAUCCCUGGAUGUGAUAGUCCUGGAACUUUAUUAAUAAAAUAUGAUAAACGAGGCAUUGAUGGAAGCCAGAGGUGAUGUUCUUUCACCAUUAGUUUACUUUUAACUUAAAUUUCACCAUCCCUUUUCUGCAGUCAGCUUCAACCAUAUUUAAAGCAAAUACAGUGGAAAUCAAUAAAUCUUAAUUCACAAAAUACCGUGUGUAAUACACUUAAAUCUGCUGAGAGUUGAUCUUCCAAUUUAGUUUUAAAAAGUAAAUAUUACAAUGUAUUAUCGAGGAUUUUUUACAUGGUUUGAACAAAAACAGAUAUUUUCAUAAUCUUUCAGUUACAAGCAUUAAACUUAAUUUAGUUACUUGGUUGUGACUGAGAACUUCAGAAACAGUUUUUAAAUAAUAAACUUUAAACAGUAUGCAAAAUUGAUGUUUAGUAAGCCAUAUUCUGCUGGCCCUUUUAUUUCAGGUUUGAAUCUUUGGUAGCAAACCUCUGAUUUUGUUUCCUUAAACCCAAAGAUGCCGUGUGCUCUCUCUCCCCCUCUCUCAGCUCUGGGUUGGUACUCUGGGUGGCAUGUUUGGAGCAGGUGAAUACCACUGUGGAUGUGUUGUUAUCACUGUGCCCCAGUGCUGCUUACUGGCCCAUUCCAUGCCACUUUAGUUGUUUUCCUCUCGUGUGCAUACCUCCCUGCUCCUCUUUUACCUCCUGCCUGGGGUGCUACAUUUUAGGAGCAUUCUCUUGAUUGUGCGUGUUGCAGUCCGGAGCCGUUUUGCAGCCGUUGGUGUGACACUCACCUGUCCCACUGGAAAAAACAAACAAAAAACUCCGGGGUGCGCUGCCUAACGCUGCCUGGUGGGAGUGCACUGAAGGAGAAACACAAAUCUCGCAAAGGAAGCGAACCAAAGAGACCUUCCUGUCUUGUUUUUUGUUGGGAGGAGGGCAGAGGUGGGAGAGAGAAGCUCCGAUGCCAUUUCCCAUUCGGAAUAACUGCAGUAGUCUUUUGUGACCUGGAUUUGACAGUUUAAAAGUAUCACGUUCAGUGAACCUUACCAAAUGAGGGAUGUCUAUCUAGCAACUAACUUUUGAAAUUUAAAUUACCUUUCAGCUUUUCUUUUGCUCAAGUUUACAAUAAGUUCUUGCAUCUAGGUCUGUCUGAAAUACUGCUCCUUGCCUUUGGUUUGUGAUAUUCUGUGUCAUCUCAGCAAUGAACGUGCCAUUUAUCUCAGGUUUUCUGAACGGACCUUUCAGUCCUGAAAAGGUGCACAACCGUAACAGAUUGUAUCGUGCAGUCAGACUGAAUCAGUCUUGCUGUGUGUUAAACCUGCAUCUAACAGAUCACUUUUUUUUUGUAACACUGUGGGUUUGAUAUUAAUUCAUACAAAUAUCUCAACAUUUUGUGAAGCUCACUUAGAAAUAUCCUUUUUGAAUAGUUGAGCUGAAUAUAUCCCACGUCCUUUUUUCCCUUUCCUUGAAGUAGCCCAGUUGAAACUCAGCAGGUGCAAAUUCCCAAACGAGUAUUUUUUUUUAUUUGAGAGACUCAGAAAAGCGUUCAUUUUAUGGUGUGUUACGGUUGCGUGUUUACCUGUAGACUCUUGAUGGCAACAUCAGCAGCUUUUGUUUUGUAUUUUCAGUUAGAACAUCCAUGCAAUACGACUUUAAGGUGUUUCAUAUCCAACAUAUAAACUAGUGGUGUGCUCGUUACUCUUGUAGCUUGAGGUAUUUCCUUCCUGUAUACAAGCCAGCAGCAGUGUGUCUUGCCGUGAGUGCGCGGAGACGGGCGCAAUCCCUGCAGGAGUGCUGCCAGCUCCCCAGAACGACCCCUUCCGAGCGCUCGGGGUGAGUGAAUGCAGGCAGAGGGGCUGGCAGCCAUUAAUUGGAGGUGUAACUACAACUUAAAUGCAGCUGACACUCCUAUUGUCACUCCUAUUGUUUUCUAAUUGCCAAUCCUGGUGUUAAGGCUUAAAUUUCCAUUUCAGUACCCAGUGGGAAGUGUGUGCACUCCAGUACUGCAUCAUCUAUUGUAUGUGUAUGGUAUAUUAGGAUAAUUAGUGACACUGUUUCUUUCUGUCACUUGGCUUCACCUUUGCACUUGCCAGUGUUGUUGGUUCUGUGGUUAUCAGCUUCCACUUGCUACUUGACCUGCUCGGCCCUGUCUGUACAUCACUCAUACUCCAUUUUCCUUUCCUGUUCUUUCGCUGGCUUGCUCCCUGAGAGGACGUGUACCUUAGUUCCAACUCUUCCCCAGAGUUGCCGUGGCUUCCACGUUCGAUGCAAUAACUCGGGUGAGUGCAGUGCUGCUGCUGCGGGAGGGCACGCACCCGACCGGAGCGCUGUCGAAGCGAGAAGGGCACCUGGGCAGGCAGAGCACUGCAGGAGUUAGCAUUUCGCAUUCCCUCCCAAGUGCUCUGCGUCCUGUGCCAGGUACAAUAAAUCAUCUCUAAAGAAACAGAAUAUAAAAGGUGGUGGUUACAAAGCAGCUUUAAAUGUGAAAAAAAGAACAUUAUAAACUAAGAUGGUUGUUUAGGUACUUCAAUUUCUAGUUGAAUUUGAUUUGAAAAAUGGAAUUUUCUUCUUUUUUUUUUUUUUGUUCUAUGUGCAAAGUUUGAAUUAAAACACGGGAAGGUGUUGCUCAUCUGAAACGCUUUAACUGGUGUUUGUUGGCUUAAUUGAGUAGGAUUCUUGGGAGUUCUUUGACAUGAAUUUUCCUGUUGAACUUAGCAUCGCUUUUAAAAUCCUUUCUCUUUUGGAAUCAUGGAACUUUAUAUCUUCUGGUAUAUACCAAUUUUUCCAAGGUGAUUCUUGGUGUUAGUGAUCAUUAACAUCUAAGAAAACAUUCAGUAUCUUUAGUUGCACUGUGUCACAGCUUGUCUAACUAGGGAGCCGUUCCCUAGCCUCUGUCUUGGUUUUGGAUUUUACUCUCUGAUGACUGUGAUGCUCUCCAGAGCAGGUUUGCCAUAAGAAAUGGUUCUGUGGAAGGAUGUGGUGGUUAGCCCUUGGUAAGACAAAUAUUAUGAGUAAAGUGCAAAUGCAGUCAGAAUUGUAAGUUGGCUGAUGAAGAUUGUUUUGAGAGCCAACGUGUACUCUUCCAUAGGAAGUCUAUGGUAAUAUCUGUGGUGAUUCCUAUGCAAAAGUUUGAUUAUUUCUCUUAAAUAACGAUGUAAUGCCUUUCUGCGGAGAUCAGGUCCCUGCUGGAUACAGAUGUAACUCCCCGUGAGCACCGUUUCUGGGUACUGUUCCUUCCAGCAUCACGCCCGGUGUUUGAUCAGAGCACCCGGCGUGCAGGCGCGGGUUCCAGCAGCGCGCAGGCAGUGUCCCCACGCCGAGGUGGCAGCCGGUGCCCGGAGGUCUGUCCUCACUGCCCUCGCCAGCAGCGUGCCAGGACACCAGUUUUAAGGAACCAGUUACAGAGCUGCUCGGAGCCCUUUGCCCACGGCGAGCUGAAACGCUGCACUUCCUGCCAUUCGUUCACCUCUCCGUGCGCCCUGCUGCGAGAUUCCUGUUCCUGUCCUGGUUGAGGGUUUGGUUGAGGGUUUGGUGUUCCUUCUGCUGCUGUGCUCUGUGUGAGCGGCUCCUGCGUCAGUAUUCGGUUAGGACUACAAAAGGGCAUCAAUAAACCUUGGGUGGGUUUGAACGUAGACUGCAUCAUGCGUGGAAAUCUUGUAUUACUUGCGGGUUUUUCAUAUCAAGCUUAAGAUUAAAUUGUUAAUGUCCAUCAGUGACACGGUUUGGUGAGAAAUGUGUAACUAAAGUAAGGAUAAUCAUGAAAAAGAAGAGGUGAUCCGAAUUAAAAGAGCUAGAGGAACUGGUAGCGUGCAAUACAUUGUAGCUGGCAACACGCACACAGCCUGUUAAAUUUCGUACUUGACGCUGUUUGUACCCAUCGCUUCGUAAUUAAGGUCCAAAUAGCAGCAGUCCACUCGCGGUGAUGCCAUGCGGGUGCCGUGUGUUGGCAGUGCUCUGUUCUGUGCCCCCUUCGGGUGCCGGUGGGGCAGCCACAGGGCACGGGCGCGCUCUCAGCAGAGCCCGGGCUCUGGUCGCUUGCUGUGCCAACUCAGUGGAGCAAGGUUUGUUCUCAACAUUUUCCUUCUUCUGUUUACUCUUUUUUCCUUUGUAACUUUAUUUUCCAAUGGAACUGUUUUCAUUUUAAGUUUCGUACUCUGACCUUUUGCCACCUGUUAGAAUUAGGUUGUCAGCAUCUUGCUUUGCCAGUUAACGUCCCAGUCGCUGGGGAGAAGGAAGAAAGGGACCAGGAGAGCUGUGGCAAGUGUUGUAUGAACCAUAUGGCCGUUUACCUUCUAGCCAAGGAUUUGCUUUCUGUGGCUCAUGGAAGUUCACUAUGUCUUAUCCAUGUUCUGAGCAAUUCAUUUCUUUUUGUCUGUUUGUUUUCAAAGAAAGAAGGUCUUAGAUGUUUUUGUCCACUGCAGAUUUAUUUUAAAUGAAAUAUGUAAGUGCCAUGUUUUAUGGUAUUUUUAAAUAAUCUAUUGCCUAUUUCUGGGGAGGGGGAGAUGACAACUAUUUAGUCUUAGAUUUGCACUGCUGGAUUUUUUAAGUGUAACCUUGACUGGUUAUCCUAUUUGUUUUAUUCUGUAAUAUUAGUCUUAUGAAUUAAAGUUUGAUAAUUAA